AUGUCACAAUUCCACGCUCUCAACAAAAAACUGGCUUCAUCUAAUGUACUAAAAGAGCUGCAAUCAUUCAUCAAUGAUCUCUAUAGUCAGGUUAAAACAGUCAAACCUGAUUAUUUUAAACCAGAGCAUCAAGAUGAAUUUCUUCGCCUUCGUGCUCAAUGUCGGGAUUUGAUCAAUAAAACACGUGGGUUUUGUGAUAAAGCCAUUCCACCUCUCGAAUACGCAAUAGCACAAUACAGUUCAUCAAAUCCAGUUAAUGUGAAGGAUCUGGCUGAAAAAGUUCUUUCUCUGGUCAAUCCAAAAGAUGUUCUCGAACAAUGUGAAAAAGUUGAAAAUGCAAUAAUUACAUUCAAUGAGCGUCUUCAAUUGGAUGAAUCCUAUAAAAAGACAGAAGUCAAGUCUUUUCUUUCCGUUGUCUCUGGACUUGCUCUUAUGGUAUCACAUGUUUAA